AUGAAGUCAUUCAGUAUUCUACUACGGCAUCACGGGCCUGAUUCCCCAAAUGAUGUAUGACCGCCACAUCAGCCACGUACACCAUUGCCUCCCCCUGGCGCAUCAUCUCCUCAGCUUUGCCGGGGAAGCCCCCGAUAGGUUUAGCUUGCACACCCGAUUCAUCCUGGAACUGGACUUUCAAUGGACAUGCCAUGGUGACAUGAAGAGGAUGAGUUAAGGGUACUUGAAACAAAACAGAGGUGUCUGGGCUUGUGUUUGUGAGUGCUUGUGCCCGCUCCCUCUGGGAAGGUGCAAGGACCAUGAGCUUGUCCCUGAAGCCACGCAGGUUUGGGAGGCCAUUAAGCCCACAACUGGUUCUUUUCCUUCUUUUUGCCUUCUGCCUUCUUAGUGUUUUCAUCUCAGCCUAUUACCUGUAUGGCUGGAAAAGGGGGCUGGAGCCUUCUGGCGGCGACGCACAAUCCUUGGACUGCGAUGAACCUAAAAUCAGCCCUUCCCGUCUGCUCCCUGUGAAGUCUAUGAGAUCGGUGGAUUCCUCACGUACGGACCCGCUGGUGCUUGUCUUUGUGGAGAGCCUCUACUCCCAGCUCGGCCAGGAGAUAGUGGCUAUAUUGGAGUCGAGUCGUUUUAAAUAUCGGACCGAGAUAGCCCCUGGCAAGGGUGAUAUGCCCACUCUCACUGAUAAGGACAGGGGGCGAUUUGCACUAAUUGUGUAUGAAAACAUUCUGAAAUAUGUUAACUUGGAUGCAUGGAACCGAGAGUUGCUGGACAAGUACUGUGUGGAGUAUGGCGUGGGGAUCAUUGGCUUUUUCAAGGCCAAUGAAAACAGUCUGCUUAGCGCCCAGCUGAAAGGCUUCCCCCUGUACCUUCACUCCAAUCUAGGCCUCAAGGACUGCAGCAUCAACCCCAAAUCCCCUCUCUUGUAUAUAACCAAGCCCAACCAGGUGGAAAAGGGUGACCUACCAGGAGAAGACUGGACAGUGUUUCAGUCCAACCACACCACUUAUGAACCAGUUCUACUGGCCAAGACCAAGUCAGCGGAGACUAUACCUCACCUCAGCGUAGAUGCAGCCCUCCACACAACGGUGGUCCAGGACCUGGGACUUCACGAUGGCAUCCAAAGGGUGCUUUUUGGCAACAACUUGAACUUCUGGCUCCAUAAGCUUGUGUUUGUAGACGCAGUGUCAUUCUUGACUGGAAAAAGGUUGUCUCUUCCCCUUAACCGCUAUGUACUUGUAGAUAUUGACGAUAUAUUUGUUGGGAAGGAGGGAACACGCAUGAAGGUUGAAGAUGUAAAGGCACUGUAUGACACCCAGAAUGAAUUAAGAGAGCACAUCCCCAAUUUCACCUUCAAUCUUGGCUUUUCUGGAAAGUUCUUCCACACAGGUACUGAUGCAGAAGAUGAAGGAGAUGAUCUCUUGCUGUCUUAUGUCAAACAGUUCUGGUGGUUCCCUCACAUGUGGAGUCACAUGCAACCUCACCUCUUCCACAACCAAUCAGUACUGGCUGAGCAGAUGUCCCUGAACCGGAAGUUUGCUGUGGAUCAUGGUAUCCCCACUGAUAUGGGCUAUGCUGUGGCCCCCCAUCACUCUGGUGUUUAUCCCAUUCACGUUCAGCUGUAUGAGGCCUGGAAACAGAUCUGGGGAAUCAAAGUGACCAGCACAGAGGAGUACCCUCAUCUAAAGCCUGCACGAUUCAGGAGGGGUUUCAUCCACGGUGGAAUUAUGGUCCUACCUCGGCAGACCUGUGGUCUCUUCACACACACCAUAUUUUAUAAUGAAUAUCCCGGAGGACCUGUGGAACUGGACAAGAUUAUUAAUGGUGGAGAACUUUUCCUUACAGUAUUGCUAAAUCCUAUCAGCAUUUUUAUGACCCACUUGUCUAACUACGGCAACGACCGCCUAGGUCUGUACACUUUCAAGCACUUAGUGCAGUUCCUGAACACCUGGACAAACCUCAAGCUGCAGACUCUGCCUCCCGUAGACCUCGCUCACAAGUAUUUCCAGAUAUUCCCAGAGGAGAAGGAUCCCUUGUGGCAGGAUCCUUGUGAGGAUAAACGGCAUAAAGACAUUUGGUCUAAGGAGAAGACAUGUGAUCGUUUUCCCAAAUUGCUUAUAAUCGGACCUCAGAAAACAGGAACCACUGCAUUAUACCUCUUCCUAGGAAUGCACCCAGACCUGAGCAGUAACUACCCUAGUUCUGAGACCUUUGAGGAGAUCCAGUUCUUCAAUGGACAGAAUUACCACAAGGGGAUUGACUGGUAUAUGGAGUUUUUCCCCAUUCCAUCCAACACCACUUCAGACUUGUACUUUGAGAAGAGUGCCAACUACUUUGAUUCAGAAGUAGUUCCCAGGCGCGUGGCUGCAUUGCUUCCUAAAGCCAAACUCCUCACCAUACUUAUUAAUCCUGCAGACCGCGCUUAUUCAUGGUAUCAGCACCAGAGAGCCCAUGAUGACCCCGUGGCCCUGAAAUACACCUUCCAAGAAGUCAUUACUGCUGGGCCUGAUGCUCCUUCAAAGUUAAGAGCUCUACAGAACAGGUGCCUUGUCCCAGGAUGGUACUCCACUCAUAUCGAACGCUGGCUAAACCACUUUCACGCUAACCAGAUACUGGUUUUAGAUGGCAAGUUGUUGCGUACUGAGCCUGCUGGUGUAAUUGAAUCUGUGCAGAAAUUCUUAGGAGUUGCGAAUGUUGUGGACUAUCACAAAACACUGGCGUUUGAUUCCAAGAAAGGAUUCUGGUGCCAACUUCAAGACGGUGGGAAAACCAAAUGCCUGGGGAAGAGUAAAGGGAGGAAAUACCCAGAUAUGAACUCAGAUUCUCGAGCUUUCCUAACAGACUAUUAUAGGGACCAUAACGUCGAGCUGUCCAAGCUGCUCUACAAGAUGGGCCAGACUUUGCCCACCUGGCUACGUGAGGAGCUGCAGAGCACGAGGUAGCUGUUGGCUGCUGCUUUUGGGACGAGGGUACGGUAUUACAAGUUCUCCAGGGAUGGUCAAGCAAAGAUAUUGACCUGGAUCUAUAGCCUGUCCGCUUGGCAGGUGACGCUCGGUCACUUGAAACAGAAAGACUCCUGUUGAGAUGAACAUCUAAAACCCCUCAGCUCCUGAAGGCACUGCACAGCCUCUGAUUCUCAUCCCGCAAGGCCUGUUUUAGAGGCCUUGUUUAUUCUGUGUAGGAUCCCUGCUUGUAAGGGUUCCACUUUUGACUGUUGUACAUGGACUCAACCACUUAUUAUGUAAAAAGCCCCAAUGAUUGGAAAACGUGGGCUAC